UUAAAGCAAGAGAGCGCAAGAGUUGCCUAGGUAAGAAAGUUGGAUGAUAAUGGCGAGGCAGUCGAGACUUGGAGAAACUCAUGUCCUGGUAUUACCUUUCCCUGUUCAGGGUCACAUAAACCCAAUGCUUCAAUUCUCUAAACGCUUAGCCUCAAAAAGCUUGAGGGUCACCCUAAUCACCACCUCCAAGUCCAUGCAACCCUCAGCCUCCUCCGUCAACUUCGAGUCUAUUGAAUUUGAAGAAGGUGAAAGAACAACUAACGUGGAUGAUUAUCUUGAACUUUAUGAAAGACUGAUCUCAAAAAGGCUAGCCAAGUUCAUUGAGAAUCAAACUUGCUCUCAACAUCCUGCUAAAGUCCUAGUGUACGACUCUUGCAUGCCGUGGGCGUUGGAUGUGGCCAAAAAAUUUGGCCUGCAGGGAGCUUCAUUCUUUACUCAAUCUUGGGCAGUGAAUGCCAUCUUUUAUCAAUGGAAGCAGGGAACAUUCAGGGCGCCUCCGGAGGAGCCUGUAGUUUCAUUGCCAUCAAUGCCAGAACUAAGGCUCAGUGAUUUGCCAUCGUUUGUUUGUGAUGAUUCAGGGUCAUAUCCGGGUCUAUGCAAGCUCGUCAAAAAGCAGUUCUCAAAUUUUGAGGAAGCAAAUUGGGUCUUCUGCAACACUUACGAUAAGCUGGAAGAUGAGGUUGUGCAAGGUCACAUAAACCCAAUGCUCCAAUUCGCCAAACGCUUAGCUUCGAAAGGUCUCAAAGUGACCUUCAUCACCACCAAGCCCAUGCAAUCCCCAUCAACCUCCAUCAGCAUCCAGACCAUUGAAUUUCCCGAAGGUGAAAAAGCAAAUGGAGCAGAGGAAUUCGCUCAUCUUUACAAGACCCUUGUUUCAGAAAGACUAGCCAAUCUGAUUGACCACCUAAAUUCCUCCUCUUCUGAUCCUCCUAAAGCCCUAGUAUACGAUUCGUUUUUGCCAUGGGCUUUAGAUGUGGCUAAACAAUUUGGUCUUCAUGGAGCAUCGUUUUUCACCCAAUCUUGGUCCAAUAGUUCCAUUUAUUAUCAUUUAAAUCAAGGAACUUUAAAGGUUCCUUUGGAAGAGAAUGCUGUUGUUUCAUUGCCUUCGAUGCCGGUGUUGGGGAUCAAUGAUCUUCCAUCGUUUGUUUCUGAUACUGGGUCUUACCCAGGUUUGCUGAAGAUGGUUAUUGAUCGGUUCUCCAAUUUUCAGGAAGCCGAUUGGCUUUUCUGCAACACUUUCAAAGAGCUCGAGCACGAGGUAAUCAACUGGAUGGCUAGCAAGUGGCCAAUCAAGACUGUGGGGCCCACAAUUCCCUCCAUGUACCUAGAUAAACGAUUAAAGGAUGACAAUGAUUAUGGCCUGCACCUCUUCAAACCCGACAGUGACCUUUGCAUUAAGUGGUUGGACUCAAAAGAAACUGACUCAGUUGUCUAUGUGUCAUUCGGAAGCUUAGCUGGUUUGACAGAGGAGCAAAUGCUGGAACUAUCCUUGGGGCUGAAAAGGAGCGACAGAUACUUCUUGUGGGUAGUUAGAGAAGCCGAACAGAAUAAGCUUCCUAGCAACUUCAUAGAAGAAACAUCAGAGAGAGGGCUGGUAGUUUCGUGGUGUCCUCAAUUAGAUGUUCUAGCUCACAGGGCAGUGGGUUGCUUUGUGACUCACUGCGGCUGGAACUCAACGCUUGAGGCAUUGAGCUUAGGGGUGCCUAUGAUUGCAAUGCCGCAGUGGACAGAUCAACCAACUAAUGCAAAAUUUGUUGCUGAUGUAUGGCAAGGGGGAAUCAGAGUGAGCAAGGAUGAAAAAGGGGUCGUCACAAAGGAGGAGGUAGAACGGUGUAUAAGGGAAAUUAUGGAAGGAGAGAGAAGCCUGGAAAUCAGAAAGAAUUCAGAGAAGUGGAAGAAUUUAGCCAAAGAAGCAGUUGAUGAAGGUGGAAGCUCUGACAAGAAUAUAGAGGAAUUUGUGGCAAAACUUCUGUGCAACUAGCAUUAUAUUAUCUCAUGGUGUUAAUAGCAGCACUGCUUGUGAUUCGUAGCAUUAGCAAAGACAUUUGUCUAGCCUGCAAGAAGAAUUAUAGGGCUGGAUGAAGUAAAAAUAAACCCAAUAUAAUAAAAAGAGGGGACAUAUUUAGCUUUAGGGAGGUAAGAAGCUAAGCAGGAACUGUACUAUGAAAUGAAAUUAAUUGUUGUGAUAUUUUUUUUUAUAUAAUUUAACAAUGAUGUUCUGACUUCAAAAUAAAAUUUUAUUCAAAACUA